AUGCUUCUUGUCACAUGCCUGCAGGUCCAGGCGGAUUUGUAUGAGAAGAUUGACAAGGAGCUGCUGGAGUAUGUGGAGGAUGUGCUGCUCAACCGCCGGGAAGACAGCACCGAGCGUCUGCUCGACUACGCAGGCACACUGGAUCCCAAGAGCAAGCCAACUGCACCGCGCAAGCUGAAUGGAGAGCCCAGCACCCCGGCAUUCACCCCCAAGCUCAACCCCAUUCCAGCUGGUGUGGAUCCUCUCGCGCCAGACACAGACCUGCCUCCUGUGCCCGCCUACCAGCCGUGGCGCGACCCGCUGGCCAAGUCGGAGGCGUUUGGCCAGCUGGAGGCGAUGAUGCAGGAGCGCAUCAUCUUCAUCGACGGCGCCAUGGGCACCAUGAUCCAGCGCUACAAGCUGCAGGAGGAGGACUUCCGCGGCGAGCGGUACAAGAGCCAUGAGCAUGAGCUCAAGGGCAACAACGAUUUGCUGGUGCUGACUCGGCCCGACGUGAUUGAGGAGAUCCACACUGCGUACCUCACCGGCGGCGCCGACAUCAUUGAAACCAACACCUUCAAUGGCACCACCAUCUCGCAGGCCGACUACCAGCUAGACCAGGUGGAGGAGGUUGCCCUGAUCAACCGUACGGCAGCACAGCUUGCCAAGAAGGCCACAGCCGCCUACAUGGCGGCCAACCCGGGCAGCCGCAAGUUUGUGGCGGGCGCCAUUGGCCCCACCAACAAGACGCUCAGCGUGUCCCCCAGCGUGGAGAACCCCGCCCUGCGUGGCGUGACGUACGAUGAGAUUGAGCAGGCCUACUAUGAGCAGGCGCGGGCGCUGUACGAGGGAGGCGUGGACAUGUACCUGGUUGAGACCAUCUUUGACACGGGCAACGCCAAGGCAGCCAUCUACGCUUUGGAGCGCUUCUUUGAAGAGCAGGGCGUGCGCAUCCCUGUGUUCAUCAGCGGCACCAUCGUGGACAACUCUGGGCGCACGCUGAGCGGUCAGACCAACGAGGCGUUUUGGAACAGCGUCAGCCACGCCAAGCCGUUGGCCAUUGGGCUGAACUGCGCGCUGGGUGCCAGCGACAUGAAGCAGUACAUUGCCAACCUGUCUGCCUGCGCCGACUGCUACGUGUUCUGCUACCCCAAUGCGGGCCUGCCCAACGCCAUGGGCGGCUACGACCAGCGCGGGCCAGACAUGGCAGAGGACAUCCGCCCCUUCUGCGAGGAGGGCCUGGUGAAUGCCAUUGGCGGCUGCUGCGGCACCACACCCGAGCACAUUGCUGCGAUCCGGGAGAUGGCAUCUGCCUACCCGCCCCGGCAGCUGCAUGAUGUUCCACAGCUUCUGCGGCUGAGCGGGCUGGAGCCGCUCAACUACCAGCCCAACCCUGACAACAUGCGGGAGACGUUCCUGAUGAUUGGGGAGCGCUGCAAUGUGGCGGGGUCCAUCAUUUACAAGAAGGCGAUUGUGGAUGGCGACUAUGACAAGGCCGUGUCCAUUGCCCUCUCCCAGGUCAAUGCCGGGGCCCACGUGCUUGACAUCAACAUGGACGACGGCCUGAUUGACGGCGUGCCCGCCAUGACGCGCUUUGUCAACCUGCUGGUGUCGGACCCGGAGGCCAGCCGCGUGCCCUUCAUGGUCGACUCCUCCAAGUUCUUCAUCAUCGAGGCAGGCCUCAAGUGCUGCCAGGUGUGCACCUGA